GGUUUUAAGGAAUUUUCUUGCCUUAUUAAACUAGAAAGCUUCAUGAAAAUGGCAACAGAUUUUCUCAUGAAUUUUGAUUAAUUUCGGGUUGUCGGUAUGUAUGUGAAAUGGAUUUGUUUAAAUAAAGCAAAUUAUGUGCAUUCAAGGUUUUAAAAAAAAGAGGAAAUCAGAAGUUUUGCAUGAAUUAUCAGUUAGAGAUGUUUUAUGGUCAAAAUUAAUCAGUAAAUUAUGAAAACUACUGCUAGAUCUUGACUCUUUCAUGAAUAAUCGUGAAUGGUUGUGUAAGGAUGUCAUCACGUCGAUCUGUAUCUGAAGGUAGCAAAAGAUCUGUUUCACCUGUAGCAUUAUCUGGAGAUUUUCAUAAUGAAGAUGAAUUUAAUAAAGUAUCUAGAGAAACAAUAUUUAGGGUUGUUUCUGAACUAGUUAAUUUUACUGUGAAUAAUUCACCUGAUAAAGAUUCCCUAUUAAACACUUCACAGUCUCGAAAUAAAAACAAACAUAAAAUAAAUGCUGAUGAGCCACUAAACGAUUCUAAAGAUUUACCGGUUCGUAGGAGCUCCCGUAUUCAGAGUAAAACUGUUAAAAAAGAUGAAAAUUUUAAAAAAUCAAAGACUCCUAGGCAAGAGGACACAAAUUUUAUAGACGUAGUAUCUGUUGACGACGAAAUGGAAGUUGAUAAAGGACAGUUAGAAACACCUGAACAAAAACCAAAUAUGACUAUAAUUCAGUCACCUUCUACUAAAAGUGAAACUGAAGGUAAAAAGCUAAAAGAAAAUGCUUCAAAAUUACCCAAAACUCCUAAGAGAUCUAAUAAAAAGGCUGAUAAAAAGGAAGAUGUAAAGACAGCAGAGAAACCCAAACCAGAUAGAAAGAGGACAGCUGCCAGAAAAAGAAAGCAAGAGUUGACCGAUUGCAACACUAUUUUAGACGAAGAUGAAAACAAGAAGGAAACCGAAUCACCCAAUGAAAAUACUAUAUUUGUAAACAUCAUCAAAGAUAGUUCGACUCCUACAACGAGCAUUAUUCGAGCCCCGUUUGUCAAGGUUCACGAAGCUGCCAAUGCUGAAACAAAAAGUGGUGACCAUGCACAACCUGUCAGGUCUGACGAUGAUAAAAGUAAUGAAACUAACGACGUAUCUGAGACAAGCAGCAUAAAACCAGUGAAGGUCAAAUCCAGGUGGUGGAGAUCCAGUGAAUUAGAAGGUGUUCUAAAAACAGAGCCCACAACUCCUUCUGUUGUUGACCCGGGACUUGUAGCUCAGAUUGAUGUCAUUAAGACUGCCAAUUCUUACGAACAAUCUUAUUUGAAAAUUGGCGAACUAAAAUUUGAAAAUCCAAUCUCUACCCCUGUGGAACCUGAAAAUAUGACUCUUAAAGAAAAUCCACCUGCUCCAAAGCCAGAGCCGGUUGUAGAACGACCUGUGUACGAACAUAUUGAUGAAAAUAUAUAUAAGUUUGAAAGGAAAAAGUCUAAAAGUAAAAAGCAAGUACGAAGAAUGAUUUGUGAUUGUACGCUAUCCAAAGAAGAACUUGAGAGGGACGUACUUGGCUGUAAGGAGGAAUGCUUAAAUAGACUUCUUAUGAUUGAAUGUGGCUACCGAUGUCCUAUAGGUGAGGCUUGUUCCAAUAAAAAGUUCCAAAAGAAACAAAACGCUAAAGUAGAAAUUUUUAAGGCAGAAUUAAAAGGUUGGGGAUUAAGAGCUUUAGAGCCAUUAUCUACUGGUGAUUUUUUGCUGGAAUUUGUGGGAGAAGUGUUAAACCACAAAGAAUAUAGACAACGAGCGAAGCAGUAUGCUAAGGAUAAAAAUGUUCAUUGCUAUUUUAUGGCUCUAAAAACUGAUGAAAUCCUAGAUGCCACCGUUAAAGGAAAUUAUUCUCGAUUUAUUAACCACAGCUGUGAUCCAAACUGUGAAACACAGAAGUGGACUGUCAAUGGGGAAUUACGAGUUGGUGUAUUUACUAAACGCCCAAUUGCUGUUGGGGAGGAGUUCACUUUAGAUUACCAAUUUCAAAGAUAUGGUCGUGAGGCUCAAAAAUGUCUUUGUGGAUCUUACAACUGUUGUGGCUAUAUUGGUGGGGAUAAACAAAUUUCUAUUGAUGCUUAUGGUACUAGUAAAUCUGGAACCAAAAAUAAGAAGAAAGGUUAUGAAGAAAAGAGAAGAGACUGGGAAGAUAUGACAUUGGAAGAAGAAAUUGAAAAGUUAAAUGGCUUCAAGGGUCUAAGGAACAGGGAAGAAACAUUAAAAUUUGCUCGAUUAAUGGUGCGAGCUGAUGAGAAUGCUACUCGGCACCAAUUGCUCGACAUAAUUAUUAAAACGGAAGAACAAGCUUGUUUGCGGCUGUUUUUGGAUUAUCAUGGACUGCCUCUUCUUUGGAGUUGGAUGACAGAUGUUGUGGACUUGGAUUUGAAAACAAAAAUCCUUCAAGUGUUGCAACUACUUCCUAUUCCCAACAAGACUAUGCUUCUUGACAGCAAAGUUAUGAGCAUUGUAGAAAAAUGGGUGCAAGAAUGUGAUGUGGUGAAAAAAGACAAUUCCUUGACAAAUUUCUCUUCUGAAGGAAAUUCUGAAUUUUUCACCAAAAAAAUGAAAUUCUCUGAUUUUUCUGACAGUGAGACUGACAGCAGUGGUUCUCAGCAUGCAACAGACAGUUCUGAAAAUAAAUCAUCCUCUACUAAAACGAAUUUUUCAGUUUCGGACAUAAGCUUACCUCCUCCUGCUGAAGGAGAUAACAAAAAAUUUGAUCUUUCACCAUCCGAUAUACCAUUGCCCGAUACUUUACCUGAAACCAAGCAAAACUUAAGUUCGAAAACAAAUGCUGCUGUUGAAAACACAGAUACGCUUAGAAAAGAUGUCUCCUCCAUAGGAUCAGAACUAUUGUGUACUUGGAAGAAUUUAAAAGAAGUAUUUCGCAUUCCUCGCUUGGAGCAACAAAAACGAAGGAAAGAAGAUGAGCGAGAAGCUGAUCAUGGUGUUAUGUCUCGUGUUCAAGCUGAAAUAAAAAAACCAGAGAUUGAAAUUACUGGAAAUCAAAUACAAGUUGUGAUAGCUGGAAAGACAUCUAACAACAUGAAAAGGUUCGAUUUCGACAAUCCUGAUUUAAGCUUCAAGCAUGAUCACCACCAUCGCAAAAGCUUACCAAAACUGCCAUGUGUAAAUAAACCAAUUAGAAGAGCUGAAGAAAUACCACAGAACUUGGAGGAAGAUCCACUUUUAGAUGUGGAAUCUCCAAUAUUGUCUAUUGUUGCUUCUAGUCCCAUUCCUCAGCAUUCUACCAAACCAAAUCUUCUUCCAAUUCCAACAUACUUGAAUCAGCCACCUGUAAAUUUUCCACCUCCUGUCUUACCAACUACUGCUCAACCUCCACCGAUUAAAAGCUCACCAACAAUGUUUCCUCAACAGAUCAUUUAUCCACAAGCUCCACAGGUUAACUUUUUGAAUACUGCUGUUCCACCACCGACUAUCACACAUCCAACAAAUAUGCCACCGCCAUCUACAUUACUGCCAAAACAACAUCCACCUCCUCCUCUAUUACCACAAUCUCUUACAAGUAUUCCUCCACCCAUUCAAUCUGUUGCUCCACCAUCUCUCCCACCACCAAUUAGUACUAAUUAUAUAUUGCCACCAAAUGUUCCUCCACCCUCUCAGUUUGUACCUAAUCAAACAAUUCCAGUAUCUGGCUAUCCACCUGGACCCAAUCCUCUAAAUCAAAACCAGUCCUUCUAUUAUGUUCAACAACCUCCUACUGUGUCAUCUGCACCAUUAGAAGGAAAUUAUCCAGAAAGUGUGCCUAUUCAGUCUAUCUCAACCAUACCAGUGCAGUGUGGCACAACUGCUACCCAUCAAUCAAAUUCUCUACCACUGCCAAGUGCUAAUCUCCAACAAGCACAACUCUCAAACCCUAUGCCAUUAUCUUCAACAAAUGUGCUUCCAGUGCAAUCAAUCAACCCUCUACCUAUUUUAUCUACUUUGCCUUUAUCAAGUACUAUGCCUCUAUCAAAUACUUUACCAAUUCAAGAAAUGCCUCUAUCGAAUACAUUACCAAUUCAAGAAAUGCCUCUAUCAAGUUCAUUGCCAAUUCAGGAAAUGCCUCUAUCAGGUGUGUUACCAAUUCAAGAAAUAGAACCUUCACCUAUUGCUGAGGAAGUCAAGCCAGUAAAACUUCCGAAAAAUUGGCGAAGUGCUACUGACUCUGAAGGAAAUACUUAUUAUUAUCAUUCUGUAACUAGAGAAACUCAGUGGGAUCCACCUACAGCAGAUCAAGAUGAUGACAAUGAAUCAGAAGAUGAUGAUAAUUCUGCUUCAGAAGAGUCUGAAUCAUCAGAUACUCCUACUUAUGAUGAGCCAAAAGUUUCUACCAAGCACUCGAAAAGAAAGUCAAAGAAAAAGAAAACAACAAAAGCAGCAGCUGAUACCAGUGUUUCUUUUCCUGUACGGCCAGAAAUUGCAAAAAAAAUAAAAGAGCUUUUUAGAACGAAAAUGUCAAGUUUCAUUGUCCAAUGCUUAAACCACUAUAGGAAGCCUGAUUGUAAAGUUGGGAGAAUCACAAAUAAUGAAGACUUUAAAUAUCUUGCGAGAAAGCUGACUCAUUACAUCAUGACUAAAGAAAUUAAGCAGCUUAAAAAUGUGGAAGAUCUCGACUGCAAUGAAACUGUAACGCACAAAGCCAAAGACUUUAUUAAAAAGUAUAUGUCAAAAUAUGGAGCAAAAUACAAUAGAAAAGAAAAAAGCUCACCCUCAUGAAAAUUAUUAUUUCAUUAGCAUUUUCAAAAUUGAAGCAAUAUAUUAUGUGUUUGUUUUAUAUGUAUUACACAAGAAAAGAUUUUAUUCCAGAUUCCAAAUUGUUUGUAAGGUGCUUUUACUGUUUGACAAUGAGUAUUGCUAGCAUUCCUAAAUUGAGACAUUUUUGAUUGACAUAAAUUCCAAUUUUUAAUUUGGUGGUUUCUUAUUUAUGUAAAUAUUGUUUGGUGUCAAAUCAAACAGGUAUUGUAUAUAGGUUUUUCACUUAUAUUUCACCUGCAUCAGGUGACAUCAUCUGCCUGGUCAUGUCAAAGAUAUUUGUCUUUCGAGUUUUCAUGUUUUUUUGGUUUUAUUGUUAUUUGUUGAAAAUUAAUUAUUUAUAAUGGUCAAUAUUUUACUACAUUUAAAAUAUUUAUUGUUUAUAUAUUUUUCUAGAAAAACUAGUGCUUUCGACCUGAUAGUGAACUGAAUUACAUAGCCCCUUAUUAUUUUGCGUUUGUGAAAAAGACAGGAAAAAAAGACAUGAUCUGUAAUUUGUGAUGCAACAGAAGUCAAAAGAAUAUAACAAAAAACAAUAUUAUACAUUUAUAUCAGUUCCAACUCAUAGAAAGAACAACAAAAAUUACUUUCUGAAUCUAAACUGGUUUACAAUGCCCAUUUUUAUUAUUAAAAAAAUUGCAGACAAUGCAGAUGCCAAGAUAAUAAGUAUUCUUUUCCCUUCUAAAAGCUAAUUAUCAUUUUGAAGUAUAUAAUUUUUAUUUUAUGAAGAGCAUUACAUUGAAUCCUACUAUAAAGCGGAUCUACUGUAUUUUAGUUUUUGUAAUAAUGAAAAUUACUACAGGGUGGGCGCUCUGUGUGGAAUAAUUCUUUCUGAAAUUCAUAAUUACUCUAAGUUAUUAAAAUCUAAGCAAUUUGUUAUAUUUUACCAUUGAUUACACAAAUUUUGAGCUAAUGUGUUUUAAUCUAUUAAUAGACAUUAAAAUUGUUAAAUAACUUAUAAAAACUUAAUUAGCAGUAUUAAUAUUUAUUUUCUUGUCUUCAUCGCUAUUUUAAUUAAAACUUAGCUUUUUAUUUCUGUAAAUAAAUUCAUAUUUAUCUUGAGCAUGUAAAAAAGUUAAUAAUAAAUUUUUCUUGAUAAAAAAUGAAACAUUUAAAGCUGAAAUUAAAAAAGAUUCUAAAUGCCAUACACAUAAAUUCCUUAUGUUUAUAAAUGUAAGAAAAUGUUUAAAGUCUGAAAUUGUGCCAAUUAAAACCAUGAAAAUUGGACCCUUUCACCUGACAAAAAAAAAGAAAGAAAAAAAGAAAUCUUAUGGAAUUUGGUUUUUUAGAAGAGUGUCCACCCCUGAAAAAUUUUAAUAAAAGAGCAAAGUGGACUACUAUUGCACAGUGACAAAAAAAAAAAGAGAGAGAGAGAGCAUACAUUUUUCGUGCUAUCUUAAAAAUUUAGCUGCUUUAUAAAUCGAAAUUUAUUAGUGACUGUGUUUUGAAUCAUUUAAUAAUAAUUUGUGCAGUUAAAAACUUCUUUUUUUUAACAUUUUUUUUUCUCUCUGUGCAAUAAUUGAGGCUAAUUUCUUUUAGAUUAUUAGUGACAUAAUAGGGAGACAAAAAAAAAGCUUUUUUAGAUUUUUUUUAAAUAUGAAAUAAGAAAUUGAUUUUUAUGAAAAACUAUUUAACCAUAAUUAGAAGAAAAUAACUUUAUUGCACAAUUUGUUUGGAAGCCUUUUAUAUGAGUCUCAUUUAUUUAGUGUAACCUUUUUAAAUUUUGUAAUAUUUCUGCAUGUUUGAAACAAAACUAUUUUUUUUUUAAACUUACAUCUUUUAUUUUAAUUAGUGUACCUUAAUUUUUAAUAUGUAUCAUUAAUUUACAAAUGAUCAAAGUUAAUGGAUGUGGUACAUUUGCAGUGUAAAAAAUCUGUUAUUUAUAUUAAAACACGCGUCAGGAAGAAAUUAUGUUGAGAAUCAUUAAUUGCUCGUAACAUAGUUAAUGUAAUGAAAAAGUAAUAGUUAGUAAAGCAAGCUAUGUUUACAAGCUCUCUAAUAUAUCUCACUAGUGUUUCUAGAAAGAAAGAAAAAUGACUAUUACAAAGUAACAGUUUUGUUAUCAUUACAAAUAAAAAGGAAGUGUUUUUAAAGAAGCCUCUCAAUAAUGUAUUUGAAUUGUGUAGUAAAAUAUUAUACAUAAAUAUUUCUAAUAAUAAAAUUCAAGUUGUUUGUUUAUGUUAGAAUUGUUACUGUUUUUACUUUUACAUUUAGUUAUAAUUAAAUAUUUUAACUUAAAUAUAAAAAUUCAAUAUCAUACAGUUGGUGUUUAUUUAUUUCUCUUUUAUGAUUAAAAAAAAAAUUCAUUGUAUGUGAGUUAUUUUCUUAUUGAAACGUGUAACUAAACAAUGUGCCUUUAUAUCUAAAAUAAAAUUUUUCAUUGCCUAUUUAUUACUGAAUCAACCUUUUUUUCAUAUUUCUGAUAAUUUUAGUAUGUAUCUGCAAAUUUUUAACUUAACUUAUAGUUCAAAUUUAUUUUUAUAAAAUGAAACUGCAAUCAUUAUCUGUGGAACAUAUUUAAAUUUGUGAAACUACCAUAACCUAUUGUGGUGGGAAAAAUUUUUAAUUAAUAAUGCUAUAUAUUAAAUUGCAGCUUUUACUUAAACUCUUAUUAAUUAAAGUUUAAAUAAUCAUAACAAAACUUUGGUCUGAAUCGACACUACUGCCAAAUAGUUUUUGUCCUUUUUCUCUCUCACAAUCUACUUUCUUUUAUCCUUGAUUGUAUACAUCUUUAACUUCUUUGGGUUGACCAGUACAUAUUGUUUUAAUUAAAAAGUUUUGAUCAUGUAUAACUUGUGGUUGUAAAACAUUUGAAGUUUUGUCUGUCAAUUUAAAUCAUCAUUACAAAAAUAAUAAAUGCAUAUUAUUAAGUAAUA